AUGACAUUCGCAAUUUCCAGCCUCAACACCAAGCUACUUGCCCUCCUGCACAACAACAACAACAACAACAACAACAACAACAACAACAACAACAACAACAACAACAACAACAACAACAACAACAACAACAACAACAACAACAACAACAAGAACAACAACAACAACAACAACAACAACAACAACAACAACAACAACAACAACAACAACAACAACAACAACAACAACAACAACAACAACAACAACAACAACAACAACAACAACAACAACAACAACAACACUAGCAGAUUCAAGCAUCUCAAGCAGGAGCCACCAGGAAAAUGA